AUGGGCCGGAUGUUAAAGUUUGAUGGUGCUUUUGGGGUUGAGGCCCAAGGGAGUUCGGGUGGGUUAGCUUUAUUUUGGAAAAACCAAGAUGAUGGGCGGGUGAUGGGUUAUUCGAACAAUCACAUAGAGUUCUUGGUGGAGUCGUCUGAGAGAGGUGUGUGGAGGCUAACCGGUUUCUAUGGUGAACCAGAGAGAGUUAACAGGCACCGUUCGUGGACUUUGCUUCGAACCUUGGCGACUGAUUCUUCUAUUCCUUGGUGUGUAAUAGGAGACUUGAAUAACAUUGUGAGGCAUGAAGAUAAACGGGGUGGAAGGCCUUAUCCUCAACGUUUGAUUGACGGGUUCCAACAAGCUUUGAAUGACUGCAAUUUAACAGAUGUGGAACUUAUGGGCCAUCCGUUCACUUGGGAGAAAAGCAGGGGCUCUCGAAAUUGGAUAGAGGUGCGCUUGGACCGUGCCCUUGUCAACAAUGCUUGGUCUCAACUUUUCCAAGGUGCUUCUCUUCUUAAUCUUGAAAUCUCAUCUUCUGAUCAUUAUAAGUUGAGUAUUUGGGGGAAGGAGGUGACUAGAAAUUUCAAGGUUCGUAUCUCUCGGUGUAAGAAAGAGAUUCAAAGAUUGGCCAAUAAAAGGGACACUGCCUCUAUUCAGCGACACAAAGAAGUAAAGGAGGAGUUGUUUCAUGUUCUUGAUCAGAGAGAAUCCUUUUGGAAGCAGCGUUCUAAACAGCUAUGGUUGAAGGAAGGUGAUCAUAAUAGUAGCUAUUUUCAUAAGGCUGCCACAACUAGGAAGAGACACAACAAAAUUGUUACUUUGAAGAAUGAUAAUGGAGUCCGUGUAGGUUGGGAUAAUAGGCUCGCUCAGGUGAUGAUUGACUAUUUCUCAACUCUAUUUCAAGCUUCUAAUUCGACUUGCCAAGAAGUGAUUGAUAGUGUCAAUAGCUCGGUGCCUAGCCUUGUUCAUGAGGAGUUGAGUACGGCUGUUUCUGAAGAGGAGGUUAAAAAGGCGAUUUUUUAG